CAGCCCUGUCCAGGGAGGUUGAAGUGCUCUCCUACUGGUUUUUAAAUGUUACCAUUCUUUGUGUCUGAUUUAUGUACAUAUAUUGUUUUGCAUAGAGACAGUCCGUAUUAAAAUAUAUGGAAUAGGAAUCAAAUAGGAAUUGAAUGAUAGAAUGAAUCAGUGUUACAAAUACGGUAUUAUUAGUCUAAAGAUACACACAGUGUUUCUAUAAAGCUGUGGAUAAUAUACUCACACCCAUUCUUUUUAACCUGGUGGUAAGAGACAAAGGACCAGGCUUGCUUCCAGCAUGCUUGGACAGUUCAGGUACAGGUGCCUCAGUUCUCGGGUGGGAAACACUGAAGCUAAUGUGAAGAACUAUUAAAGCUCAGUUUAUUUAAACUAAUUAUUUAAACCUACAAUAAACUAAAUGAGCAUUAGAAAGACAAUAUUUAGAGACAAAGUUUAGAGACUAAUCUUAAUGCCUAAAUAGUCCACCUCCCUCAUAAGUUGAUUUUGCUAUCUAGAUAAUAAGUGUAGGUCCUAGACAUAUAUAAGCCGAACUGUGUUAUCUGGGUGAAAAAUACGAAUAUUGCCUUAGCUCAGCAUAUACGAUCUGUCCUGUAGGUCCCUUGCAGAAUAGCAAAAUAACUUUACUAUAAAAUUACUAUAAUGAACAAAUAAUUAAACCAUACAUUUAUAUAAGAAAAUAAAUGUAUCUAUAAGCAAGCAAAGCAGGUUAGCCCUACAGGCUACAUUACUGAAUUCCUGAAAAACAGUGUAUACUGCUUAUAAAAGUUAACAUGAAUCCUAGAGAAUUGAAAAACUUUGCAAUUUGUGUGAGAUUGCCUCUCUUGUUAUCAGAAGGUUCUUAUAUAAAUUCCAUUUUGAGAGAGAGAAAGUGUGUGCACAUGGUCCCUAAAAGUACUUGACACUGUGUUAGAAUCUGAAGUGGUGUAAAACCAUGUAGUUCUUCUGACUUCAGUGAAGCUACGGCAUUUUGUAUCAGCUGAGAACAUGGCACGUUAAAUACUCAUUAUCUUAUAUGAUCUUUCUUUCGUGUUUUAUCUUACAGGUUCUGAACCAUGGAUUCAGACCUCAGUAAAGCAAACACCAACUUUGCACUCAGCCUAUUCAAAGAGCUGAGUGAAAAUGCCAAUACACAGAAUUUAUUCUUUUCUCCUUUGAGUAUCUCCUCUGCUUUGGCCAUGGUUUUUUUGGGUGCAAAAGGUAACACUGCAGCCCAGAUGGCAAAGGUGCUUUCUUUGGUCAAACCUGAAGAGAUUCAUGAUGGGUAUCAGUCACUUAUUUCUGAAAUUAACAGACCAGGCACUAAGUAUGCGCUUAAGAUUGCCAACCGGCUCUAUGGGGAUAAGACUUGUCAAAUUCUUACAACAUUUAUAGAUUCUUGCCAGGAAUUCUACUAUGCAGAGGUAGAACGAGUUGACUUCUGUGGAGAUGCAGAAGAUUCCAGAAAACAUAUAAACGCCUGGGUAGAAGAAAAAACUGAAGGUAAAAUCCAGAAUCUGCUGGCUCAGGGUGUUGUUGAUUCCAUGACCCGACUAAUCUUGGUGAACGCCAUGUACUUCAAAGGCAAUUGGGCAACUCCAUUCGACAAAUAUGGGACAGUGGAAAUGGAAUUUAAAAUUAACAAGGACGAAAGCAAACCAGUGCAAAUGAUGUUCAAGAGAGAUGAAUUUAAGAUGGGAUACAUAGCAGACUUUCAGACCAAAGUCCUUGAGCUCCCUUAUGUUGAUAAUGAGACUAGUAUGAUUAUCCUGCUUCCUGAUGAAAUCCAAGAUAAUUCCACUGGCCUGGAACAGCUGGAAAGAGAACUUACCGGUGAGAAACUUGCAAAGUGGAUAAAUCUAGAGAAGAUGGACGUCACUACAGUGGAGGUGUCUUUACCCAGAUUUAAAUUGGAGCAAACUUACAAUUUGAAGCCUGUACUGAGAAGCAUGGGAAUGACUGAUAUAUUUGAUGAAACGAAGGUGGAUUUAUCUGGAAUGUCGGCCAAGAAUGACCUUGUUCUGUCUGAGGCUGUUCACAAGUCAUUUGUGGAGGUGAAUGAAGAAGGCACCGAGGCAGCAGCUGCUACUGGAGUAGCGUUCAUGUUCUGUUGUUUAUGGACUGGACCACGGUUCACUGCUGACCAUCCUUUCAUCUUCUUUCUCCGGCACACCACCACUGGCAACAUCCUGUUCUAUGGCAGAUUUUGUUCCCCCUAAAAAGAAAAAUUGCAACAUAUAUGUUUUAUGGUACAUAGAGCAACCCUAAACACCCUUCUCUCUUGUGCCUGAAAUAGCUUUUUGUUGUCCUCCAGUCAAAUGUAAGGAACAAUUCUGAAUAUCAAGAUCAUUUAAGAAUGUCUGUUCCAAAGGGUAACACUUAAAAUAUCACUUGACACAGUUCACUGGAAAAUGUCACUUGUUUCCUAUAUAUCUAAAUAAAGGAUUCUUUAGCGUGA